UUUAGUUCUCGUAUGAAGAGUCGUGUCGCAUGUGCGGUGGCUUUUGCCACGCUACGUGACGCGUAAGGGUCUAUGUUUGUUUCCAGAAGAUUUACCUUUAAAGUGAUUGAUCCUAAAAAUCCUCAGCUUAUCCUGAAGGUGAUCACACUGGGAUACCUGAAAGCCCCUUUGUGAACGUUUGAGGUUUGGCUUCAUAACGUCGGUAAGCAUGCACAAUACUGUCGGCAUAGUCCUCUUGACAACCGUUGUUAUUCUCUCCAACCAGGAACAGGUGUUAGAACCCGAGUGUGGUGCCAGGUAUAUCUCAAACGAAAUUGAGGCUAAGCGGAUCGUUGGAGGCCAGAUCAGUUCACCCGGGGCGUGGCCCUGGCAGGUAGCUCUACUGCAGAACAACACACAGACGUGUGGAGGCUCGCUUGUUUCCCCAGAGUGGGUUGUCUCCGCUUCACAUUGUUUUGUGGGUUCUGGAUUGUCCAAGAAUCCCAACCACUGGACAGUAACCUUAGGUGAACAUCACCUAAAAAAUGAGGACUGGUUUGAGCAAGCUAGAGAAGUGAAAGCAAUUUACCUUCAUCCGCAGUAUAAAACCUCUGCCAACAAAGUUAGUGAUAAUAAAUUGAAGUCAAUCCCACCGGAUUACGACGUUGCUGUCUUGCAUCUUAAAACUCCCGCCAUUUUAGACAACUUUGUGUUCCCGAUCUGCCUCCUUCCUCCAGGCUUCAAGUUCCCUGUAGGUAAGGAGUGUUAUGUUAGUGGCUGGGGCCACACUCAGUGGAGAGGACCUAAGCCAGACAUUCUGAGGGAGGCGAGGGUAAAACUUGUACAUCCGGACAAAUGCAACUCAGAGGAAUCCUACAACGGAGCCAUACACAACAGAGCACUGUGUGCUGGAUUCGAGAAAGGUGGAGUCGACGCAUGCCAGUAUGACAGCGGUGGACCGCUGGCCUGUGAAGAAGAAGGGCUCUGGUAUCUGACUGGGGUGGUUUCCUGGGGACAUAAAUGUGGUGACCCUCACAAGUAUGGGGUGUACGCUGACAUGGAAGUGAUGACAGACUGGGUCAGAGAAAUCAUCAGUCAAGCAGAGAGUAAAAAUUAA